ACUCGUCUGUCUACCACGAUGGCUCUGCGAUACUUGACAGCCAAGCUUGCGCAGCAAAUCGAUGAGGAGCUCAUGAACGCUGCCGGCGCGUUCAGCAUCGACCAGCUGAUGGAACUUGCGGGUCUGGCGUGCGCACAGACGCUUGCAACCGUGUAUAACCAGGAGAAGUACCCGCGCGUACUCGUAUGUUGCGGGCCAGGAAACCAGGGUGGUGAUGGGCUGGUUGCAGCUCGGCAUCUUGGAAUGUUUGGAUACAAGCCAACUAUCUGGAUGCCGAAGCCCGGGUCCAAAGAUAUCUACCAGCGCCUCAAGAAGCAAUGCGACAACAUGCACAUCCAGACCAUCGUCCCGAGCACCGACGUCCAGCCCCUCCGCGACGCGCUGGCCCGAUCCGACGUUAUCCUCGACGCUAUCUUCGGCUUCUCCUUCCAGCCACCUGUCCGCGCGCCCUUCGACGCGGCCCUCCCGCUGCUCACCGAGUCGGGGUUGCCCAUCGUGUCGGUCGACAUUCCUUCAGGGUGGGACGUCGAGAAGGGUAACGCUGCAGGGGUCGGGCUAAACCCGGACGUCUUGCUCAGCUUGACUGCGCCGAAGGAGGGCUCGAGGGCAUUCAAGGGCCGGCAUUUCCUUGGCGGCAGAUUCGUACCAAAAGUCAUGGAGGAGAAGUUCCAGCUCAACCUACCGGAGUAUCCUGGCUCUUCCCAGAUUGUUGAGCUGCCUCCUGCAGAGGGCUCGCAGAAGCUGUAGACUCAAUCUACUGGGAAGAAAUGUCAGAUACACGGAGGAGAAAUACAUAUGUACCAACACAGACAGAUCCGAGUCGUCAAUCCAAUAUUCUUGUAAUUUAGUACGCCGGGCCUUGUUGAUAGACUACCGGCUCGAACGUUGGGUUGCCUGAGGUCGAGCACAAUGAUCGAGCUACCCAUCUGACCAGCCGACAUUCACGACUCGCAUUGGCUGCACAGCAUCUCAUGC